AUGGCAUCCUGGUCAACACUGGAGUCAGCGCCAGAUCUAAAACUCAAAAUCCAGCGCCCCAGCAGCCGCUCUUGUCGCGAGCCCUUACACCUGACCGUUGCCCCAGUAGUCAACCAUGUAGCCCCUGCUGCAGCCGUUGUUGGACACUCUGCCACCUAUGCUGCUCCACUGGCUGUUUCCGCCCCAAUUGCUGCAGCACCUGUUGCUUAUGGCGAUGUUCUCGGAUAUGGAGCCGCCUUAGGUGUUGCUGCUCCUCUUGGUCUUGGAUAUGGAUCUGCUCUUGGUCUUUGUUAUGGAUUGGGAUAUGGCAAGGCACUCAUCCAUUAA